UCUGUCUGAAGCGAACAAUAUGGCGGACAUUUUUUUGCUGCUCUCCCGUUGCCAUAGAGAUAGCAUGCCCGUGUUAGUCGUUCUUUUGAUUGCAGUUAUUCGGUGUUUUUGUGUUAGCAGUGGAACCCCGACUACUCUGUAUACAUCGUUGCCACCAGAACUGGAUUCCCAAGUUGAUCCGGCAUGCAAUAAAAGAUACUCGGCAUUAUCUGGAGAGGUGACGUCGCCGAAUUACCCCGGUCUGUACCCCGCAAACUCGAACUGUCAGUAUACGAUAUUAGUGCCUCUGGGCUCAGCCAUAUGGUUGCAGUUCACCACCGUGAAGUUAGAAGACUCAUACGACUGCCAGGCAGACAGUAUACAAGUCUACACACGCGAUUCAUUUGGCGAAGCAGGUGAUACGCUGGUGUCCACGCUAUGCGGUUUCUACGAUUCGUCAGUACCGUCAAUAACUCUCAACGGUUCAGAUGUGUUCAUACGCUUCAAUUCUGACGCAAUAGGAAGCGCUAAUGGAUUCCAUGCAAUGUAUAAUAUAUUUAAUGCCGUGGAAUUAGAGAACAAACAAAGAAAGACUUAUUCAAUAUGCGACGACACCAUGGCAAUGGCACUCAGUGGCGCCAUAUUAUCACAUCCGGGAUACCCGAGUAAAUUAUACCUACCUGACGUAGUUUGUCGGCUCGUUAUCGCUCCGGGUGCCGGACGUUUCACAGGUGUCUACGUCAUCGUCUAUGACGUCAAUUUAAAAGUGUUUCCAGGUCACGUGUGUUCUUCGCCAUCCGAACGUAUAGCAGUGUCUUCCGUCGCAGCCAGUCUUUUUGAGAGAGUGAUUUGUCAGAAUGAAGACCCAAGAGCGCAUGUCAGCACAGAUUCGUCGAUUUCAUUGACAUUCCAUACGACGUCACAUGACAAUUACGAUUAUCGGGGAUUUAAGAUUAUUUUCACACAGUAUUAUCCGUCGCAAGUGACAGAUCAGAACACCUCACCAUGCCAUGUCGACGACUUCUAUUGCAAAGGAAUGUACCGUUGUAUCCCAGGAUUCCUGGCGUGUGACGGCGUUGACCACUGUGGUAACUAUGACGAUGAAAAAGACUGCUUGCCAGGUUUUAAGAUUCCAUUGCCAGAGGUGCUAUGCAAUCCGGAUGAACAUUACUGCGGUGAAUACGUCGGAGAUUCUGCUAGAUGUAUACAUAAAAAUAAAAUAUGUGACGGAAAAGUGCAUUGUAUCAAUGGCACAGAUGAGUUUUCCUGUUCAGCCCAAUCCAAUUCCAAAUCAGGAGGAUUGUCAGCGAGGGCCAUGUUGGGUGUUGUCAUCGGCUUACUACAAGUGGUCAUCGUUGCUGCCGUUGUGACUCGCUGGAUGCAUGGCCGGAGGUUGAAGAAGAGUCGGAAUAAGGUAUUACGUAACACCGGUUGUACGGAGGAAGAGUUAGAAAGACUGUAGUUUGUAUGGCGCCAUCUCUCCGACGAGUUGUAGAUGAGAUUGUACAGUAUGCCGCUGUAAUGCUUCCAAAUAUCAGUACGCAGCCAUUUAAAUAUGGCGUCUGUAGCUAAAUACUUCCGAUGGGUGCAAACGUUCUAAAAACAAUAAACUUGCAUACAGUUUCUUGUUUGUUUCUGGUGGUUUUCAAAAUUAAAAUAGUACGUGAAUUUGUAAAUGGCGAAAGUCGGGUUUCUGCGAAAACAGAAUUACCGCGAUGACAUUUAGUUUCGUG